AGCGGAACCGGUUCCACGUGUAGUAGCUCGCCGCGCUCGAUGCCAUACAAUCGAGACGUGCGCCGAAGUUCGUUGCACGCAACAACAUUAGACGCAUUGUCUGUCUGAAUAUUACAACCGACUGCAGGCCGUUGCAUAUUUGCAUGGGAUAGCACCGUGGUGCAGCAUUCCUUCCGGAUUGUUGAAACAGUGGCACCGGUGGCAGGGCCAGGGGCAGUCGAUAAAGUUUAGCGCUCGGUUAGUGUGUGGAAACGGAAUUGGAAGUGGAAUUUUCGAUCACCGCGGAGGGGAGGGGGGGAUGUAACGGACGAGACGAGGUGGCGUACAGCGUUGCAUUAGCAUUAAAAGAUUCAAAGGGCCGCCGUAGGAAGCGGGGCUUUCCCGAAUGCCAGCAGUUUGUGGAAUGUGUGGUGCAUGCUGACCGCCACUGUAUCAGAUGCGGGCAGUGUUUGGUGUGGCGCAGCAAACAAAACAGUGUAUCAUUUCGUCCGCGAAGCUGCACCAGGUUUCCUACCGUCACACAGCCACAAUGUAUACGGUAAUUGACCGUUAUCGAAGGUCCCGUCGGGAUCGUUGCGCGUACCGUUAGUGUUUUGCUACUGUGUGUAUGUGCGAGCCUGUGUGCGUUCCGUGUGUGGUCUUAUGUGCUGGAAGAUACAUGUGGCGUUAGGUCGUUUGCGUUACACAGUUUUUCUUCCGACCGCCCGUGCGUAUAUGUUGUGAACGGAAAAUGAAGAGAUAAUUAGCAAGUGCGCUGCAGCUGCAAUGUCAACACACACACAAACGCACAUGCCGUUUGUCCGCCACCUACGCCUGCACGAGUGUUGUGAUGUUGCCACCGGGCACCGGGUCACUGUUUGCCGGCUUUCAUCGUCUGUAACGGCCAUUUCGUGAUCGUUGGCCGUGCAAACCGUGGCACCACAGGAAUAAAAAUAAACACUAAACGAGCCGUGGGGAUGCAGUUUGGAUGGAAUUGCACUACCAAGCAAGAGCGAGAGAGAGAGAGAGAGCGAACGAGAGCGUCAAAUGGGAAAGUGCUGCAGGUUGGAAAGUGAAAUGGCAACGAAAACUCAACAGUCAAGCUUAUUGAACGACAACCACUGCGAGUGAAUUUAGAAUGACGCACCAAGCAAAAGCACUUUAGAAAGUCAGCAGCAAGUUCGCCCAACCCCAGAAGCUAUAACCGGGCAUCGCCAUGUAUGAGGAAAAUACUACGUCAUUCCUGCUCCUCGGAGAGUACGAUUCAUUGGCCGAGCAAAACGUAUCGGCGUUCGGCCUUUACCUCGAGGAUGGGGAGCCGAACGAAACGUACAUGGGCAACUUUACCUGUCCCCCGACGGACAUGCCGACCACCUACUAUCUGUUCAUGUUCCUGUACGCGGUAGUUUGCCUGGUAGGCGUGCUGGGCAACACGCUCGUCAUCUACGUGGUGCUCCGGUUUUCCAACAUGCAAACCGUUACGAACAUGUACAUAUUAAAUCUGGCAAUCGCCGACGAAUGCUUCCUGAUCGGGAUACCGUUCCUGAUUGCCACCAUGCACAUGAAGCGGUGGACGCUCGGCGGUGCCAUGUGCAAGGCGUACAUGGUGAGCACCUCCGUCACCCAGUUCACAUCGUCGAUUUUCCUGUUCAUCAUGUCCGCCGACCGGUACAUCGCCAUCUGCCAUCACAUCUCGUCGCCCAAGUACCGGACGCCGCUGGUUUCGCGCAUCGUGUCCCUGCUGGCGUGGCUUGCGUCCGCCCUGAUCAUGCUACCGAUCAUGAUCUACGCCGACGUGAUAGAGCAGAAGCCCAAUACCUACUCGUGCCAGAUACUGUGGCCCGAAACGCACGGCCAUCUGCCCGGGUACACGUUCACGCUGUACUCGCUCAUACUGGGCUUCGUCAUUCCGCUCUGCUUCAUCAUGACGUUCUACUGUCUGGUGAUACGCAAGCUGCGGAACGUGGGCCCCAAAACGACGGGAAAGUCGCGCGGCAAACGACGCUCCCAUCGGAAGGUAACGAAGCUGGUGCUUACCGUCAUCACCGUGUACAUCCUCUGCUGGCUACCGUACUGGAUAUCGCAGGUAGCCCUCAUCACGUCCGACUUUGAGACGUGCAGUACGAGGCUCGAUCUGAUACUGUUCCUGCUGGUCGGUUGCCUCGGCUACAUCAACUCCGCCAUCAACCCGAUCCUGUACGCAUAUCUGAGUGAGAACUUCAAGAAGAGUUUCCUGAAGGCUUGCACGUGCGCGGCACGGGCCGAGGUGAACGCACAGCUGAAGCUAGAGAACAGCGUCAUGCCGAAACGUUCGCGCACCCGUACCAACUCCGACACGACGCAGCUAACCACCGGUUCGAAGGUGCAGCAUCGAUUGCUGGUGGAGCCGACAACGACCGCCACCACCACCACGACGGCGGCUUCGUGCGUUUCGUCCCGCAAUCCUAGCCCUCCGCCCGCCCAGACGCAGCGGAACAACCAUCUCCUGACCGUACCUGGUACGCCUGCCGGUGCAUCCACCAACGGCAGCGGCAACACUCCGUACAGCAACCACAAUAACAAUAAUAACGAUACCGGUACCACCAACCCAGUCAAUGGUAAUCCCAGCACGGGAAAGGGUGACCAUUCGUCCGCUUCCUAUAACGCGAACGACGAAGGUUUGAGCUCGCCGUGUGGAAACGGUUUAGAGGAGCAGCUUGUCAAACUAACGUAACUCGUGCAUUGUGUUAAGCACAGGAGCACGCAAGCCAUAAUAUGUAGUUUAGUGAUUUUUAUUUUUGAAUAGAAAAAUUGUCAGAAUUUAGAGUAAGUAAACCCGGUGGGAGUUUGAUACAGAUUUCACUAAGCUGAUACAGCUGCAUUAGCGUACGAACGAAUCUAGAACCGAAUGCGUCACAAACGUCUAAUGUUGGAUAAACAUUGCCAAAUAAGAAACCAAUAAGAACCGGAGGCGAAAGGUAAGCAACAUUUAUUUAUGUGAUAACUUAAUGUUAACGAUGUCACGAACCAGGAAAGUGUGUGCGUGCUGGUUUUGUGCUAGCGCAAGAACUGGCUCCUUCUACGCACGGCGAUCAGUGAAAGAUCGCUUCGAAAAAUCUCUUCGGAUGCGUUCAACAGCUUCUUUACGGUUCUGCCCCUGCUGUCCAUUAACGUCGAUCGUACGUGAUCGUGCGUGAGCACGCUGGCAGCGAGCCAAUCCACAUCGAACGCAGCUCGUGAUGCUGUGGGUGCGCUUUGCCUUUAAGGCCGACGGACGAUGGAAUUUUCUUCAUCGAUUCUGCCGCCCCGAACGAUGGUUAAAAUUUUGAUGGAUGACAGUUUGCAUCUCACGCCGAGCAGCAUCACGCUCUCCGUUCCUGGAGGUGAUCGGGUCGGAAUUCGGUUACACAAACCUGAGCUCCCGAAUUCCGUACCGCACCGCGCGUGCUCUGGCACGGGGCAGAAUUGGAAUUCGAAAAGCCGAGCUACACCAACUGGCCAAAACAAAAAAAGGGAGAAACAUCUUUCGAAGUUAUAGCACUUAAAGGGGGUUAAAUUACGACCACGAUUACGACGAUGAUGAUGAUGAUGUUGAUGAUGGUGUUCAUUGAGUGCCUUGGUAGCACGUGAAAUAUUUAUCGCUUUUAUAAAUGGGGUCGAGAAGGGGGGUUUAAGCUAUGCGGAUUUGUUUAAUUUAUUGAGUGGGAUAAAUGCUUUUUUUUUCUCCACGUGUAUGUGUUGGUUUUGCCUUCCCCCCGAAUUUCGUUUUUGUGCAUCUCAUCCCGCAACGUCGAAUGGCCUAACCGAACUUUGCCAUUCAUUCUCGAAUCGUAAUGUUUACGUGCGAUUGAGGUACGAGCGUGUUUCGAUUAAAAGUGGUUGAUUGAGUUGUGCCGGCACCCAUGGUUUUGGGGUGUGCGAGGUUAUCGAGGCGCGUUCGAAUGCAUUCAUCAUCGGAAUUCAUCGCAUGGUUAAUGGAGGUUUUGUUUGUGCCGCGCGCUGACUUACAGCAACGGCACCGAAAAAAGACAUUAGGUUGUUGCCUCAUCUAGCUGACCGGAAGCUGUUACAACUGGACGCGUUUAAUCGGCUGCAGGAGAGAGGGGGAGGGAGAGAAUAGCUGGACAGUUGGAAUGUUUCGUCGGCAUGUUUAUGGGUGAUGGAACUAUAUAUUAAUCAACGAACGGAUAUAGUAUAGGCGCGGACGGUAGAUCUAUUAGGCUAGUGCAUCAUCAUAAUUCAUCAUUCAACACAGUGCCCGUUGGUGUGGCUCAUUUCGAAAGAUGGCACUUUUCUUCGUUGCUGGAACGUAUUCGAAGAGAUUUUUAAACCGAAACCGAAUAAUCCUGUUUUGUAAGCUAAUCUCAAACGUUAAGGUUGAGGGGUGAAUUUAGAAGAAAUUUUUGGUAGCCAAUGUUUCCUCCUCCCCCCCGUCAAGAAUGGUCCCCCGAAGCCCAACGAAUAGGUUUUUAACAUUUCUUAAACAAAACCGGCAUAAACGUAAUGGAAGCGCGUAGGGUGUAAUUAGAACUACGAAAUAGGAAGGAUGUUUUUUUAAAUGAAACCUAUCAAAACAAAAAAGCUUCGAACAUUGUGAUGCAACAUUUUAUCGGCAAGGGUAGUACGUCGCCGAGCUCUAUUUGGAGAAACUAUGGUUCGUUCCGAUGAAUUUCACCAAAGUGAGUUGAGAGGAGGUGUCGUAAAAAGCCCGUUUUGAUACAUGCAAAGAGGUAGAAGAACAGCACCACGUUUGACGUUUACUUGACCGCAUCGAAUCAGCUGGUUAUAUGUGUUGUUUAUUAUUCUCGAUGCAAUAACAUUAUUUUAUGAUUUGUUUUCUUCUAUUUUGCUGUUCAAUAUCGUUUGGAAAGCUUAGAUCAAGUGAAGAAUACAGAAUAUUGUAGUGUGUCAGUGCUACCUGAGCUGAUUCUGUAUUAUAUUUAUAACUUUUUGGAGUGGUAACGAUGCAGCGCCUAUUUGGACAGGGCGGCUUUGACUGUAUCGGCGUUACAGGCGGUGCCGGGUUUGCAUCCUCGAACUAUUGGUUGAUCCGAGGUAUAGGAUCGUUCCACUUUUUUGCCGAUCUGCAAGCAAAAAAUAGAAUCCAGAUACAUGCUGGACAUCUCGCACCCGGAAUGGGUGCAGCUAUUCAUGAAGUUUGUGCAGAACGAAGAAAGCCGUGCUGGAUUUGACGGAAUCGUUUUUUUUUUUGCAUCACCGUGCUCCGGCUUGGUCACUAUCCAUUGGGAUUGUGAGUGUUAUAUGUGUAGGGUACGGCCUACUCCGGGAGGGGGAAGGAAAAGGAUAGACAGU